AUGGCAGACCCGGGCGGGUAUGACGAUUCCUUCGACGAUCCCUUUCAGCCGAGCGUUGCGCGGCAGGACGCGUCGCCUGUACCGCCGCGCCCGCAAGGUGGUAUCGCGGCAAGGGCGAUGGCAGCCAGGCAGGCCCCGGAUUAUCUGGCCGGACUGAAUCCGGAACAGGCACUUGCCGUUGAAACGACGGAAGGACCGGUUCUUGUGCUGGCCGGUGCGGGAACCGGUAAAACCCGCGUCCUGACAACCCGGAUCGCACAUAUCCUGGCAACCGGCCGUGCCCGUCCGUCCGAGAUUCUCGCCGUGACCUUCACCAACAAGGCCGCGCGUGAGAUGAAGGAACGUAUCGCGGGCUUUGUCGGCGGAAACGUUGAAGGCAUGGCGUGGCUGGGAACCUUCCACUCGAUCUGCGUGAAGAUCCUUCGCAGGCAUGCGGAACUUGUCGGACUGAAAUCCAGUUUUUCCAUCCUCGACACGGACGACCAGAUCCGCCUGAUCAAACAGAUUAUCCAGGCGGAAGGUCUCGACGACAAGCGCUGGACCGCCAAGGCCUUUGCCGGAAUCCUGGACGGCUGGAAAAACCGGGCGCUGACACCGGACCAGGUUCCGGAAGGUGAAGCGCGCGCAUUCGCCAAUGGCAAGGGGCGCAGGCUUUACGAGGAAUACCAGGAACGCCUGUCGAUCCUCAAUGCCGCCGAUUUCGGUGACCUGCUGCUGCACGUGAUCACGCUUUUCAAGACCCAGCCCGAUAUUCUCAAGGACUACCAGCGCCGCUUCCGCUACAUGCUGGUGGAUGAAUAUCAGGACACAAACAUUGCCCAGUAUCUGUGGCUGCGCCUUCUGGCCCAGGGCAACCCGAAUGUCUGCUGUGUUGGCGAUGACGACCAGUCGAUCUACGGCUGGCGCGGUGCCGAGGUCGACAACAUCCUGCGCUUCGAGCACGAUUUCAAGGGUGCAACGGUGGUCAGGCUGGAGCGGAAUUAUCGAUCGACCAGCCAUAUUCUGGCAUCAGCGUCACAUCUGAUUUCCUUCAACGAGGGCCGUCUCGGCAAAACGCUUUUCACCGAAUUUGAGGAACCGGACCACGAUUUGGUCUCGGUCGCGUCGGUCUGGGAUUCCGAAGAGGAAGCGAGGACCAUCGGCGACGAGAUCGAAGCACUUCAAGCCAAGGGCCAUUCUCUCAACGGCAUGGCAGUCCUUGUGCGGGCUUCGUUCCAGAUGCGUGAAUUCGAGGAACGGUUCGUCACGCUUGGCCUCAAUUACCGGGUGAUCGGUGGUCCACGAUUUUAUGAGCGCAUGGAGAUUCGCGAUGCGCUUGCCUAUUUCCGCUGUGUUGCGCAGCCCGCAGACGAUCUUGCCUUCGAGAGGAUCGUCAACACACCGAAGCGUGGUCUCGGCGAUGCGACCCUGAAACUGGUGCACGGCCUGGCACGAGCGGAGCGGAUCCCGCUGACCCAGGCAGCGCAGCAACUCAUCGACACCGAGGAAUUGAAGCCCAAACCGCGGAAUUCUCUCAAGACCGUGCUCGACAAUUUCGAGCGCUGGCGGCGGCAGCUGGAGCAGCUCAAACACACCGAACUGGCCGAGAUCAUCCUGGAUGAGAGCGGCUAUACGGAAAUGUGGCGACUGGACAGGUCGGCCGAGGCUCCGGGACGUCUCGACAAUCUGAAGGAACUGAUCCGCUCAAUGGAAGAAUUUGAGUCCAUGGCGGGUUUCCUUGAACAUAUCUCGCUGGUGAUGGACCGGGACAGUGCGGACACCAGCGAUGCCGUCUCGAUCAUGACGCUGCAUUCCGCCAAGGGUCUGGAAUUCGAUACGGUUUUUCUGCCGGGGUGGGAAGAGGGGCUCUUUCCUCACCAAAGGUCGCUCGAUGAAAGUGGCCGGGCAGGCCUCGAAGAAGAGCGCCGACUUGCCUAUGUCGGCAUCACGCGGGCCAAACGGCGCGCCAAGCUCUAUUUCGCCUCCAACAGAAGAAUUCACGGGCUGUGGCAGUCCACGGUUCCUUCGAGGUUUCUUGACGAAUUGCCGGCGGACCAUGUCGAGAUCGCGGAACCGUCGUCCAAUUACGGCGGAUAUGCCGGUGGCGGAUACGGUCCCUCGCGGUUCGAUACCAAUGACCCGUUCGAACGUGGCAGCUACUCGACGCCCGGCUGGCAGCGCGCGCAACGGGCCAAAAAGUCGAACGACGGUUUUUCGGAAGGCGGACGCGGGUAUCAGUCUGCGCGCAUGAAACGCCAGGGCCCGUUGACCAUCGAGGGCGAACUGGUUGCAAAGUCAGUCAGCGAAACACCUUCGGCCUAUUCACUCGGAGAAAGGGUGUUCCACAUCAAGUUCGGGUAUGGCGCCAUCACGGCCAUAGAGGGAAACAAGCUGACGGUCGAUUUCGAAAAGGCCGGGGUGAAGAAAGUCAUCGACAGUUUCGUCGAACGCCACUAG